AUGGUGAACUUUACUGUUGACCAGAUUCGGCGUUUAAUGGAUUGUAAGGCUAAUAUCCGCAAUAUGUCCGUUAUUGCCCACGUGGACCACGGAAAAUCAACUCUAACUGAUUCCUUAGUCUGCAAGGCCGGCAUUAUUGCUGAUUCGAAAGCUGGCGAGGCUCGGUUCACUGAUACACGCAAAGAUGAGCAAGAACGUUGCAUCACCAUAAAGUCUACCGCAAUUAGUCUCUACAACCAGAUGUCUCUAGAAGAUUUAACCUACGUAAGAUCUGUUCAGCCUGUUGCCGUUGAUAAGGAUGGAAAGGACGAGCGCGGCUUUCUCAUCAACCUAAUUGAUUCCCCCGGCCACGUCGACUUCAGCUCUGAGGUCACGGCUGCCCUCCGUGUCACAGAUGGUGCUCUCGUGGUAGUUGACUGCGUUUCUGGAGUGUGUGUACAAACCGAGACUGUUCUACGGCAAGCUAUCUCUGAACGAAUUAAGCCUGUUUUAUUCAUGAAUAAGAUGGAUAUGGCUGUCUCUACACUCUCUUGUGACAAGGAAGAGCUCUACCAAAAAUUUCAGCGUGUCAUCGAGAAUGUGAAU